UGCCUCAAGAUCAACCACCCUGCAGACACAGUUUGAGGACUACCAGAGGAAACUGUGUUGGUUGGUUCCACAGCAACAGAGACUGACGGAGAGACUCAAGAACAUGGGCUGCAACAACAUCCCUGCCGUGGUAAUGACCUCUGUAGGUGGCAGUGUUGCGGAGAAGGGCGUGGUCUGUCGUAGGCUGAAGGGCCAAUUAGACACUCUGGAGAGAGAGACAACCGACAAGCUGGCCAUGAUGGACCACUACCAGCAAGACCUCAAGGACCUGAGGGAGCGGCAGGGGAAGCAGAAGGCUGUUCUAGAGGACCUCUGCAGGGUCAAGGAGCUGAAACUGAGAGAGAUGGAGAGAAGGAGAGAGGAGGAAAGAGAGAGAAUGAGGAGGGGGGAGGAAGAGGCUGCCAGACAAGCCAAGCUGGAGGGAGAGCGGAGAGGAGGGGAGGAGGAGGAGGGGAGGAGGCGAGUUGAGCCGCAGGAGAGAGGAGGAGGCCAGCAUCCGGUGCUGAAUGCAGAGAGGUUAUUAACCCUGACCUCCUGCAGAGCCCUGUACCCCUUCACCGCACGCAACGCUGACGAGCUCAGCCUGGACGCUGACUGUUUCAUAGAGGUAGAUGAUGAGAUGGUGGGGGAGCCUGGUUGGCUGUGUGGUAGUUACCGUGGGAACAGGGGCUGGUUCCCCCAGAGCUAUGCUGAGAGAUGCACCACCCCCCUUGCCCCUGCCCUACUGCCUCCUUCCUGUCCAACACUACCACCCAGCCCGGGACUUCCUGACGGAGAGAUUGCAGGGGCUGGACGGAACCCCGCCCCCAGCGUCACCGCCAUCAAAGACUCCACCCAGGAAAACAACACACACACAGC